AUGCUAGCAGCCAAAGCAUUUCGUCAAUUUUCCAACAUGACAAGCAACCCAACCCAAACCUUGGCCAAGGCCAUGGUUUUCUCUGAAUUCGGGAACCCUCGCGAUGUCCUCCGUACUGCUAGUUAUCCGCUCCCCGGAUGCUCUGACAAUGAAGUCUCUGUUCGCUACUUAGCUUCCCCAAUUAAUCCAUCCGACAUCAACCAAAUUCAAGGUGUAUAUCCUUCACGACCUCCUUUUACCUAUGAUGUCUCUCCCUCCAAACCCUCCGCCGUUCCCGGCAACGAAGGUCUUCUCGAAAUCACCGGCGUCGGUAAAAACUUGGAAAAGCUCUAUACACCCGGACAAUGGGCCGUUAUGGCGUCGACAAACUUGGGUACCUGGAGAACCCGUAACAACUUGGCUUCCAAUCAGCUAAUUGCUUUGGAUAAAACUGCUUUCCCUAGCAUCGUCGAAGCCGCUACACUUACCGUCAACCCUUGUACCGCCUAUUGCCUCCUAAAGAAAAUCGUCCCCAUGAACAAGGGCGAUUGGUUCAUCCAGGAUGGCGCCAAUAGUAUGGUAGGUAUCGCUGCUAUCCAACUUGCAAAGCACUUUGGUUAUAACAGCAUCAACGUAAUCCGCAAUCGUCCCGACGUCGACCAACUUAAACAAAAGCUGUAUUCCAUGGGCGCUGCUGUCGUAAUCACCGACGAGGAACUCAUGAACCGUGCUUGGAUGAAGGAAAACGUUGGAAAGUGGACUCAAGGCGGUAAAGUCAAGCUAGGUAUCGAUUGUGUAAGUGGUCGAGUCGCUACUGAAAUGGCAAAGUACAUGAACGAGGGAGCUAGCAUGGCAACCUAUGGAGGUAUGUCACGUCAGCCGCUUGCUGUUCCUGUUUCCUUGCUGAUUUUCAAAAAUCUUCAAUUUCACGGAUUCUGGGUAACCAAGUGGAAAUCUGAAAAUCCUAAGGAAUACGAAGCCCUUGUCCUUGAAAUCCAAGAGCUCAUUAGGGAUGGUGUUUUGCGCUCUACAAACACAAAACUCUUUGAUCUUCCCGAAUCCGCCGAUGGAAAAACUUUCUACGAGACAUUUUUGGAUGCUAUUGAUCAACAUGGAAAAUCUAUCAUUCAAUUUCGUUACGACUAG